AUGGUGCAUCGUCACGUUGCCCUCCUAACAUAUUCAGCCCUAGGCUCUAGGAACCCUUCACUCCAACUUGCCAAGAACCUGGUGAAGUUGGGAGUGAAGGUGACCUUUCUUACCAGCGUCUCUGCUCACGGUCACAUAGCCAAAUCCCAUUCUAUACCACAAGGCUUAACCAUCCUAUCCUUCUCUGAUGGCUACGAUGAUGGUGUCAAAUUGAGUGAUGAUCUGGCCCGUUUCAGGUCUGAGUUCAAGAAUCGUAGCUCCAAAGCCCUGUCUCAUCUAUUCACCACCAGCACAGAGGAAGGCUACCCAGUAACAGUUCUUGUCUAUACCAUGGGUCUAAGUUGGGCAGCUGAAGUGGCGCGUGGCUUCAACGUACCAUCCGCUGCCUUGUGGAUUCAACCAGCCUCUGUUUUUAACAUGUACUUUCAUUAUUUUAAUGACUACGGUGACGCCAUUAGAAAGAUUUGCAGUGACCCCUCAUGCUCUAUUCAGUUGCCGGGCCUCCCGACGAUCACUUGUCGUGACCUUCCCACUUUUUUACUCCCUUCAAAUGCAUUUGGUUUCUUAGUAGCAGAUGUCAAGGAGCAGUUAGAUGCACUCGAUGAAGCAGCCAAGCCAAUUGUGCUUGUAAACACCUACGAUGCAUUAGAAACAGAGGCCUUAAGGGCCAUUGGGAAGUACAACUUGCUUUCUAUAGGACCAUUGGUUCCAUCAACAUCCAUGGAUGGAAGGGGUCCCCCUAAUACUAGCUUUGGAGGCAACCUUACACAGAAGUCAAUGGAUUAUAUGGAGUGGUUGGAUUCCAAGCCUCAAUCAUCUGUUGCAUACUUAUCAUUUGGAAGCGUUAUUACGUUGUCAAAGCAACAAAUGGAGGAGAUUGCUCGUGGGCUUAUGGAGAGCCAUCGACCAUUCUUGUGGGUGAUAAGAGCCCUAGACUUAGGCGAAAACCAAGAAGACAAACUAAGUAACAGAGAUGAAUUAGAAAAGCAAGGUCUGAUAGUGCCGUGGUGUUCCCAAGUGGUGGUUCUUUCACACCCUUCUUUAGGUUGCUUCGUGACUCAUUGUGGUUGGAAUUCUACCUUGGAGAGUUUGGUUUCAGGCGUCCCUGCGGUGGGCAUACCACAAUUCGCAGACCAACCUACAAAUGCAAAGCUCAUAGAAGAUACGUUUAAGUCCGGGGUGAGGGCAACACCGAAUGAAGACGGCCUAGUUGAAGGAGAAGAAAUCAAGAGGUGCAUAGAAUUGGUUAUGGGAGAUGGUGAGAUUGGUGAAAAAAUUAGGAUCAACGCCAAGAAAUGGAAGGAUUUGGCGGGGGAAGCUGUAAAGGAUGGUGGAUCUUCUAACGUAAAUCUCAGGACUUUUGUGGAUGAAAUUGAAGAGAAUCUAAUUUCGUAG